AUGAUCCAGAAGCCAACACUGACAAAUCCCACCUUCAAUUUUCUUCCUCCACAGACUCUGCCAUGGAAGGCAACUGCAAUCCUCAGAAACAGAGACUUGUGCCGUCUACUGACAGAUUUUACUGAAAUUGGGAAACAAACCUCUGUCUGCAGUGCAGUCCCACAGAAUGCACAUCCCAAAGAGCAGGCAGAGAAACAGAAAGAAAGACAACAAAGAAAUGGUGCAGACAGAGGAAACCACAAAUGGAAAUGGGAAAGCAAUGAAAAAGAAGGCAGGACAAAAGAAGAAACACCAUUAGAGACUCGCAAGUGGGUAUUCCCAAGACCUCUGCUUCAUAUUUUUGUGUCAAAACUAAUGGAAAUUGAAACAGAGUUGGUCUACACUGAUGAGGCCAAAAUUUCCCUUGAGUUUGGGAUGGUUCAUAUCACACAAACAGCACAUCAACAUCCUGAAAAACCACCUAAGGACAGCACUUUGCACUACAUUGGAAAACAGUUCCAUAUGACCUUCUGGGAAGGCAAGUCUUGCCACAGGCAGCAGGAGUACACAGCAGCAGCAGCCAAGUUCUCCACAGUUAUGGGGUUAAAGAAGCACAAUCACCACAGAGGAGUCAGUGCAAGUAAGUUGUUGUGCUUUGCACUAAAGGCAUUUCUUAGACCAGCCCUUGAAGAUGUUUGCACUGUUGCCAGUGAUAUUGAGGUAAAGCUUCUGAUACGCUACUUAAAACUGGGAAAACCUGAUAUUGCUCUGAAUCAUUCACACAGGAGCAUUAUUCCAAACCCAACUUCUCUCCAGAAUCACCUGCACCAAGCUGCUUGAUUCUGGUGCUUACAGAGAUAUUCUGGAGCUGCAAGGGAAAAGGAGCAGAUACACAUCGAGAUCCAAGUGUACAAUGCAGUUUGUCACAAAAUUGGGAAUCCAUCAGAAGCAGAAUAUGCUGCAAGGGAAAUAUCAGGUCCACUUGCUUUGAUUUAUAUCAGGGUCAUCACGGAAUUUACAUGUGGCCAGACAUGGUUGCAUCUCCAGCAGUACUUACUUACUCUAGAUUUCAGAAACAAAUAUAUUAGAAAAAACUUGGAAAGGUCUUUAACUAGAAAACAACCAAUCUUUUCAGACCAGAAAGCACCUUUCAGUCCUACCAUGGAUGAAGAAACAAAAAGACUGGGGGAAAGCAGUGAGAAAAAGAUCAUGCCAGUAAUGGAUUUUAUAAGAAGCACCAGAGUAACUGAUGAUUCAACACCAUGUCCAAGUGUGAUGGAGAGGUUCCAUUACACGAGCCUCCUUGGCUGCUUGCAGAGAGUGGAGGAACAGUCCCAAGUGAUGAAUCAAGUGAUGGCUGAGCUGGCCACCCUUCCCUACCUACAGGAAGUCUCUUGGGAGGGUGCCAAACUGCUGCAGUCACUAAUGGCUGAUGCCAUGGACAUCCUUGAAGGAAGAAGUGAAGAAGAUUGUGUGUGGACUAAAAUUCAGAAGAUUGGACUAAUUGAAGACUACUUACACACAGCAAAAGAUAAUUUCUUAAGAAACAAAAGGAUGAGAAUAUCUGCGAUGGAAAACAUGAAUUUGACUUCAACCUGUACAUUUGUGACCCCGAGAGUUUGA